AUGAAAAUCGCAAUUGUUCUACUAUUUUUGACUUUGGUCUGUUUAGCCAAUGCUCUUACCAUCAACUUGGGUGGUCUGACAGGGCCAUCUUUCGGUAUUGCGCAUCCAAAACAGCCACAAGCAAAACCCGAACCUCAACCAGAACUAGAACCUCAACCAGACUCUCAACCUGAGCAAGAAUCAGAGGGACUACCUAAGCAGCAGAAUCUUUCGGUAUUGGAACAUGCUUGGAAUUACCAGGUUAUUGGGCAAGAUAUUUUGAAUCAUCUGCAUGCAAGGCCCCAUCCCCAACCGGAACCUGAACCAGAGCAAGAACCACAGUCGGACUCGGAGUCGGAAACAAAUUCUGGUCCCAACCUAUGGCAAUAUGAGUAUAGCUAUGGUUCAGAAUCUCAACGUCCACAGGGACCACCCAAACCUGAGCGCGUACCACAGCCAGAGUCGGAAACAGAUGCUGGUGCAAAUCAAUGGCAAAAUAAUUAUGAUUCAGAAUCUCAACGUCCACAAAGACCACCUAAACCUGAGCGCGCACCACAGCCAGAGUCGGAAACAGAUGCUGGUCCAAAUCAAUGGCAAAAUAAUUAUGAUUCAGAAUCUCAACGCCCACAAAGACCACCCAAACCUGAGCGCAAACCAGAGUCAGAGUCGAAAAUAGAUUCUGGUCUCAACCAAUGGCAAAAUAAGUAUGAUUCAGAAUCUCAACGUCCACAGGGACCACCCAAACCUGAUCGCAAACCACAGCCAGAGUCGGAAACAGAUUCUGGUCUCAACCAAUGGCAAAAUAAUUAUGAUUCUGAAUCCCAACGUCCACAAGGACCACCCAAACCUGAGCGCGCACCACAGCCAAAGCCCGAGAAAGAUUCUUCCCUCAAUCCAGGACAAUAUAGCUAUGAUGCAGACGCUCAUCGUCCACAUAGACAUCCCAAACCUGAGGCACAACCAGAAUCAGAAUCUGAGGUAGAGUUCGUCCAGAAACCAUGGCAAUUAGAAUUGAAUUCGGAAUUCCAUCAUCCACAAAGGCACCCCAAGCCCCACUUCGAACCACAGCCGGAAUCUACGCUAGAUUCCGUACGUGAUUCAUGGUCUCAAGAUUUUGCUCAUGAACAACAUCGUCCCCAUAGACAUCGAAGACCGGAACAUGAGGAAGAAAAAGUUGAUUUGCCAAAUCUAUCAGAGUCCAGUGAAAGCAAAAAAACUGGGUACUUGCCAGUAAUCCAGAAGCUAAGCCCAUACCUCGUGAUACCAAACUUUCAGCAACAAAAGCAAAAGGCUGCGUAUUAA